AUUCACUUAACCUCUCCCUUCAAACCACGUUAUGACAUCCCUGUCGAGGCUCUCGAGGCGUGGUACUACAUAUAGUCUAGCGUGUCCAUUGAUGGAGAAUUACGAGACCAUGUUCUUUGUUUAGCCUUCUUGAUAAGCAUGGUUGGUGUUUCCAGAUCCAAGGCAUGCGCUGAUUGCAAGAGGCGUCGCGUCAAGUGCGAUUUGACGUCGCCUCGGUGUCAGCGAUGCACCAAGGCCGGGAUUAUCUGUCGUGGAAUCCGCAAUGAACCUACCCUAUGGGUCCAUCAAACUCCGAACCAGCCUAAUGUCUCGGCCCUUUCAGUCAUACAGUCGCAACAGCAGACAAACUCCAACUGGCUGAGCUUAUUACAACGAAUGCGUAGCCAAGUCAACUCUAAGGAGAUAUACGACGUCCCGACCUUUAGAUCAGAAGCGCUUUCAAUCGCGGUGAGCAUUUAUUUCCCCCAAGGACGAUUCACAACGAGCGAAGAGGAUCACAGUUCAACACCGUCUUCAUGGCUGAAGGCCGUUUGUCGCAUGGAAGGCCCUAGCGAUGCACUCGAUCACUCUCUUGUAGCUUUUUGUGCGAUUCAGAUUCGCUUGUCUGGUGAAGUUCGCGUUUCUUACGAUGAGGCCAUUGAGCUGUACAACCAUGCACUGUCCAGGGUUAUUCAUGUUCUUGACUGCCCGUGCAUUGGUAAUAACGACGAGAGUCUUGCUGCCAUUGUCAUUCUUUCCACGUGUGAGCUUUUUCUGUUCCACGCCAGCACCAGCUGGAAUGCACAUGCGCAAGGUGUAUCGGAGAUUCUCCGCCACCGAGCUGUACCUGGCACAAACACUUCGAAUUGGAACGACUUGUGUCGGCGUCUUUGCGUGAUAUGUGUCAUCCAAGCCCUGUCGCAGAAAAGUCCCCUCAUACUUGAUCCCAACCUUUGGAGAAAGCAUAUUGGCCCCUGGGACGCCCCAGACUCGUUCAGUGCCCUCCUGGACAUUAUCAUUGACAUCCCCUCAGCCAUGGCGGAAGCUCAUGUCUUAGCUUCAAGUGAUGAGACAGAUUGUGGAAGAUUACAGAGAUACGUCAAUCUUCUCCUCGACAAGUUCUAUGUUCUUGACGACUGGCGAGGCCUUGUACAUUGCAACAUCGCGGCACGCAACCAAACACCCCUGUACUGGUCUGUACCCUCUAGAGCCAGUAAUCCAGCAGACGAUGGAUAUCCAGAUAAGCUGUUUCCGUUCGCUCUUGUCUUUUCGUCUCUGGAGGGCGCCAGUCCCUGGAUCGUCUGCUGUAGCUUCAUGUUGGACAUCCUUGAAACCAUCUUGCUGCUUCGUGCAAAACUUGCAAGCCUGGAUGUCUCCCAAUUUCUUGGCGGAUCACUCAAUGGCUCUAUAGAGAAGGAGUCACCAAAUCAAGCAGACGCUGACCAUAUUGCUCGCAUGCUAUGCCAAAGUGUUGAGUAUUGCUAUCGGAGUGAGAAUGGCACAUUCGGUCCGCAAAUAACAUGUAAUGCUCAAGCGACUUUGCUGGGAUACUUUGCGGGUCGUGGUAUGAAGAGGGAACUUGAGUGGUGCCGAGCGAUUAAGUACAUGACGGGGCCGGGGACAAGCUUUGGGAUUGAUCUGAUGCAGUUUAAGCCACCGCCUGAACUGUAGACGCUGGAUCGGGGCGUGAGAGUCCUAACGCGCAGGCAAACACAAUGAUCGCGGCGGGACAUAAAAAUAUAAUAAUUUCAUUGCUACUGUAAUAGUUGAAAAAAAAAACACAAAAAGAAGAUGGAUGUUAUGCC